AUGAUUAGAGAAAAGAGUAAGUUAGCGCUUGAUGCUCUUAGGAAGCUGGAGGAGCUAUAUCAACCAUUUUACUGGAUGAAUAAAGGCACGAACAAUGGUUAUCCUCUGAGUCCCGCAGCACAAGUUGUUUCUGAAAGUCAGGGCCCAGUUGUGACCGUCUCAUCGGGUCUUCAUUUGAUGAAAGAUUCUCUUACACCUAACCUAGUUAAAAUCAAGGAUAAUAUGGCUAUUGUAAUUAACAAAGGUCAAAGCAUUUUGUCAGAUCGAACUGCUUCUCAUGCUCAGGCUAAUGCAGUCUAUGAUGCUUUGUUGGAUUUUUUUAACAAGAGAAAUCUCAAUAGAAUACAAGAAAGUAAAAUAAGUUUGCUAGCAAAGGAAAAUGGUUUCCAGCUGUUAUCUGAUGAUUUUGAAGUCCAGGUAAUAGAUUCUACGCGAUAUUACAAAGAAAACAACCAAUUGAGGGACAUGAAUAAGCAUACAGUAACGAGCCUAGGAAGUCAAAAUUAUGAGCUUCAUCAUUAUUCACCAAAUGAAGAUUCUGUGAACAAAAAUGAUGAUUUACUAGCUGCUAUUGAAGUAUCUGCAGCAGAUGAUGCUACGCAACCUGCACUUGGGGAUUCUGAAUAUGACUUUAAGAAACAUCUGGAAACUGACACUAGGGACAAAAGUAACCUAGUCAAUGAAGAUGUUAAAAGCUGCGAACAAAAUGAUAUGGGUUCAUUAAAAUGUCAAGAUGCACAUUCUGUGCUUGAACAAGAAGUGCCUUCCGUAGGGACAUGCAUGGAGAAAGAUACUGUUGAUGCUGUUGGUUGCAGCUCAAGCUCUAGAGGAGGUGCUGAAAAACUUUCACUUGUCGACCCUGUUGAGGGUUUCAGUGGAUAUGAUGAGGAUCAGGUUGAGAAAGACGUGAUUAGUAAGCCAAGUAAGGAACAUAUUCAACAUCAACCUUUUCAGUGUUCCUUUUUCUUUAUCGAUGGUGGAUAUCGAUUGCUGAAUUCACUAACUGGUGGAUCAAAUAUUCCAUCCCUGGUUUUACUUGAUCCUGUUGAGCAGCAACACUAUGUUUUUUCUGAGGAUAGAGACGUUGAUUACUCUUCCAUGUUUACUUUUGUGGAGAAGUUUUUAAAUGGAAGUCUUUCUCCAUAUAAACCUUCUGCAUCCUCUAUAUUGAGUUCCAAGGAGGCCCCUCAACCACCAUUUGUGAAUCUGGACUUCCACGAGGUUGAUGCUAUACCUCGAGUGACGACCAAUACAUUCUGUGAACUGGUUUUUGGUUUUAUCCCUUGUGUUACUGAAAAAGCUUCUAUAGUCAUAGUGUAUUAUGGAUGCGUUGAACUUCAAUGUUGA